GAGGUCCCCCGUUUCAUGGAAGAACUGGAGCUGCCACCGGUAACUGUCAUCAACUGGAUUCUGGGGCCCAUGGGACCCCCACCGAGACCCCAACGGAUGCCCAGACGCGACGCACGAUCCCAGCCAGGACGCCCUCCUCAGAGGCAUCGUCAUCCGACGGCCCCGGAGGA